ACUGAUGAUGACGGAAUGACAGAAUGACGGAAGGAGGGAAGGACGGAAUGACGGAAGGACGGAAUGACGGAACAGGGUAACACUAUAUGCCCCGGCCAUUACAUGGCGGGGGCAUAAUAAAAAUGAAAAGUCAAAACAGAAACAUUUUACUAUUUGUCGACAACGCACCUUCACACCCCAAGAUCAACUUGAGUAAUAUCAAAGUACAGUUUUUGCCGGCCAAUACAACGUCUGUCACACAACCAAUGGAUCAGGGGAUAAUCCAGACAGUAAAACUCAAGUUCAGAAAACGUCAGUUACAACAUAUGAUACGCGGUAUGGAGCAACAUCCAGCUAUGCAGGGCAGUGAGCUUCUGAAACAAAUAACAAUCUUAGAUGCAAUUUACUGGCUCAGCAAUUCAUGGUCAGAAGUCGAGGGAAGCACAAUUGUAAAAUGUUUUUUAAAAGCUGGAUUCAGUUUUGAUUGUGAUUAUACAAAUAGUUCGGGCAGUGCUCUUUCUGUUACUGGUGUUGAUGCCAAUGACGAUGAGGAUGAUGAUGUCCCGUUAGCAGUAAUGCAAAUGUCGCACGAGCUUUUUGGGUGCGAUUAUAAAGACCUCAUCAGAAUUGAUGAAGAAUUGUUAACAUGCGAAAUACAAAAUUCAAACUGGGAUGCACCAAUUGAAACUUUACUUUCACAAUUUAUGCCAGAAAAUUGUGCUUUCUCUACCGGCAUUGAUAGUGAGGAUGAUGACAGUGAUGACAAUGAUAAUGAUUCAUCAGUAAAUGUACCGACUUACUCUGAGGCUUGUGACUAUGUUAAUAAACUUAAAACCUUUGCGGUCAGUUUAGGAAAUCAGACACUGGUUGAUAACAUUGUCAAAUUUUAUGAUGAGCUGUGCAACUAGAUCUUGAACAAACCGAAACAAACACAGAUUACUGAUUUCUUUGAAAAGAGAACAGUGUAAUUUAAUAUUUUAAGUCACCAUGAGAUAUGCAUUUAGUAUGAAUUUUAAUUAGUGUUACCAAGAGACAAUAAUUUUAAUAUGAAUUUUAAUUAGUGUUACCAGAAGAAAAUGCAUUUAAUGUGAAUUUUAAUUAGUGUUACCAAGAGACAAUGCAUUUAAUAUAAUUUCUAUUAGUGUAUAGAUAGCUGAACUUUAUCCAGUGAUACAUUUUAUUUUUUUAACUCCCUUUAACUGUCCUUUUUAAUGAUCUUAAAGUAAACUGGUAACAUUUUAAUGUUUUCAAUGGUUUUAUUGUUUUAUCAAAUUACAUUGUACUGUAUUUUAAAUGUUUUAUCUUUUUAAAUGCAAUAAAAGAAAUAGUUUAUAGCCAAUUAUCACUCUUAUCUUAAUACCAUGUAUGUAUUUCAAUGAAAUAAGUCAAUACUUAGCUAUACAUGUACAUAUCCAUGUACAUUUUUAAACCAAUGUUGGCAAAUUUGGCAAGACUGUUUUAAGAGACUCCCUGUCAUAUGUGACCUUUUUUCUUGUUUCCCAAAGUAGGUCACUUAAAACAGUCUAGAC